GUAUUAUGCUGCUGCUGCUACCUCCUCACUGAAAUCAAGUCGGGAGUGUUUUUCGCUCUCGGGCAAAGGUGAAAAAACCAGCAGCAGCAGCAGAUUACAUAUCGGGUUGCGUAUUACAAGGUGGAGAAAGCAGGAAUCGGUCUCGGCGGAACGGCCAAUAUGUUGAACGUCGCGACGGUGCUGGUGUUGUCCGCGGGGUCGGUUCCGAAAAUGUGCUAAAGUGUCCUCUGGAAGUGGCGUGACCGCGCGGGCGUCUCCGACCAACGGGAGUGUCUCCGCCCUCGGGGACAGAUUGGCCAGAUUUUGCAGGAAGGGGCCGAUUCCUGUCCCGUGCUUGCCGGGGUGCGGCCAGUGUUUAGAGUGUUCAAAUUUCGGUGGUCCCAGAAGCAGGUCCAGGAAUGGCCGGAGACUUUUCCGGGUGCACCGCCCGCAAGAAGAACCGGGCCCAAUCCGUGGAGUACAACCCGGCCAAGAUCGAUACGGCCAACGGGGAGGCGUCCAAGCAACCUGUGAAUCCGCUGACCACCCGGAGUGGCCUCCGGGUGUACAAGAUUGUGAUUCUGGGCGACGGGGGCGUCGGCAAAUCAGCCGUCACGCUCCAGUUCGUGAGCCACAGCUUUCUGGACUAUCACGAUCCGACGAUUGAGGACUCGUACCAGCAACAGGCCGUAAUCGAUGGUGAGGCCGCCCUGCUGGACAUCCUGGACACGGCCGGCCAGGUCGAGUUCACAGCUAUGCGCGAUCAGUACAUGCGCUGCGGAGAGGGCUUCAUCAUUUGCUACUCCGUCACGGAUCGGCACUCGUUCCAGGAGGCGUCCGAGUACCGGAAACUGAUUGCCCGCGUCCGGUUGACCGAGGACAUCCCGCUGGUGUUGGUCGCCAACAAGCUGGAUUUGCAGUCGCAACGAAAGGUUUCAACCGAGGAAGGCAAAACCCUGGCGAAGCAGUUCGGGUGUCCGUUUUACGAAACGUCGGCAGCCCUGCGGCACUACAUCGACGAGGCGUUCUUCUCACUGGUGCGCGAGAUCCGACGGAAGGAGGAACAGAGGACCCUCAACAACGGUUCCAGCUCCGAGAAGAUCCACUCGCGGCGCCGCAGUCGCUGGUGGCGACUCCGGUCAAUCUUUGCCCUCGUGUUCCGGCGGCGCCGAAACCUAAACGGCAAUAACAGUAUCUAAGGCCAGCACUAGGAUGGUCAUCAAAAUUAUCUUUAAAAAUAAGAAAAAAGGAAAACAAACGUCAACCUAGUGAAGUGAGAAAGAAUAAACCAAAAAAAAAAAUAACGAGAAAACAAGAUUUCAUUCGGCACUCUUUGGCUUAAGAGAAACAAGGGGAGAGUGCAAGAAUUACGAAACGACAACCACAGGAAUUGAACUUAUUUUGGUUGCGAGAUCGAAUUGAGCUUUCCAAUAAGAGGAGGAGGAUUGACCGUACUACUCAGCCCAGUCAGUGGAUUGUUAAAUAGUUGGCUAAGACUAAGUUACGCAAAAAGUUGUAUUAAUUAAUUGCGCAAGAAAGAAGCAUGCAAAAGAAGAAAAAAAUCAAGUCUAAACAUCGAGAUAUCCCGAUUUGUUCCUCAGUUCUGGCGUUAAGAAUUGCUUAAUUGUGUACCGUGAAAUUCAUAGGCUUAAGCUAAACCAAAAUCAACCAAAUGACCAGCAUUUAGCGUUUAAUGCAAAUUGAUGUAGUUCUCCCGCUGUUAUGGAGCCAUGCGUGUACCAAGAAAAGUUUAGCCACAUAAGCGCCCCACCAUAUUUGAGGACAUUUUUUGAGUGCUCGAUUAAAACGAAAAAUUGUUGGGUUUCAUGGCAGAGAAGUUCGCACAAAGAAGUUUGUUAACUGUUGAACGAGAAAAAGUGAUGGAAACCAAAACAUAAAAAGUAACAACUAGAAGAAUGGUAUUUAUAUUGUGUCGAUUGUUAAGUUGUUUAUUUAAAGGAACCAGUAUUCGCAUGCAUUUUUAAAACGCAUACAAAAAAUAGUUGUUCAUGUUCUCAGAAACAAUAAGCAUUUAUAAAAUGGACUAUCUGUGAUUUCACCCGCACCCGUUACUAAAACCUGUAUUUUUUUCUGCUUAGGUUAACUUCUACUCUAGCUUUAAAUUUAUUUCUUCCACAAAUAAACAACACAAAACUAGCGUACGUAAAUAGUGUUCCAAUGAAACAGAUAAAUAAAAACCAAAAAUGACAAAGUCCCGUAGUGACACUAGCAGUAUUUAAAUUUCAUUUAAAAAAAUAGUAAAAUAGAAGACAAACUUAAACCACACUGUCAAGCGAAAAUAUUAAAACAG